ACCUCCCACAUUUCUCCUUCCUUCCCUUUCAUUCCAUCAGUUAUCUCCCUUUCCCUUUUUUCUCUUCCCUUUUCUCGCCAACCAAACACUACCAUAUAUACUUCCCAUGCCAUUUUAUAUUUAAUCUUCAUACAUUCAUUCCCAGCCCUUAGGCACAUUAAUUAACACUCGCUCAAAAUGAUCAUAACGGUGAAAAGGGCGAUCGCCGCCGUAGGGUGGGUGCCCUCCCACGUGUGGGCAUCGGACAUAGCCGUGGCCUUGCUGGGUCUCUUCCUCUUCAGCUCCCUCCUACAGAGGCUCACCCACAAAGGCCCCAUGCUGUGGCCCGUCAUGGGCAUGGCCCCCGCCUUCUUCCUCCACCUCCACCACAUCUACGACUGGGUCACCCAGGCCCUCAUCCAGUCCGGCGGCAAGUUCAACUACCGUGGCAUUUGGAUGGGCGGCGCCUACGGCCUCAUCACCGCCGACCCCUCCCACAUCGAGUACCUCCUCAAGACCAACUUCUCUAACUUCCCCAAAGGCAAGUACUACCGUGAGCGCUUCCGCGACCUCCUCGGCGACGGCAUCUUCAACGCCGACGACCACCUCUGGAAGCACCAGCGUCGCGCCGCUACAUCCGAGAUGCACUCCCGCCACUUCGCCCACUACUCCCUCCGAACCAUCACCGACUUGGUCCACCACAAGCUGUUGAAGCUCACCAACAAGCUGGCUUCUUCCGGCGAGCGAGUAGACCUGCAGGAGGUGCUUCUCCGUUUCACGUUCGACAACAUCUGCACGGCGGCAUUUGGUGUGGACCCCGGCUGCCUCGCCCUCGACCUCCCAGAAGUGCCCUUCGCCCGGGCGUUCGAGGAGGCCACCGAGUGCACGCUUUUCCGGUUCCUAGUCCCGCCCUUCGUGUGGAAGCCCAUGCGUUUCUUCCUGGUCGGAUCCGAGAACCGGCUGGCCCAGGUGAUCCGUACGGUCCACGACUUCGCGGAGAAAACCGUGAGGGACCGGCGGGAGGAGCUCCGGAAGGUCGGGAGCCUGAACGGCCGGUCGGAUCUUCUCUCGAGAGUCAUGGAGAACGAGCAGUACAAUUUCUCCGACAACCUGCUCAAGGAUUUCUGCAUAAGCUUCAUUUUGGCAGGCCGGGACACGAGUUCCGUCGGACUGGCGUGGUUCUUCUGGUUAAUCCACGAAAACCCCCGUGUCCAAACCCGCAUUCUGCGGGAGAUCGGUGAAAUCCUUAGCCAGCGGAAGACUUGCGGAGCGGAGGAAGCAAAUAAGGAGGAGGAUGUGGUGUUCGCGGUGGAGGAGUUGGAGAAGAUGGUGUAUCUGGAGGCGGCGUUGUCGGAGGCGAUGAGGCUGUACCCGCCGGUGCCAAUGGACUUCAAGGAGGUGCUCGAGGACGACGUGUUUCCGGACGGGACGGCGGUGAGGAGGGGGGCGAGGGUGAUGUACAGCAUAUUCUCAAUGGGGAGGAUGGAGAGAAUAUGGGGGAAGGACUGCGAGGAAUAUAAGCCGGAGAGGUGGAUUAAUAAGGAGGGGCAGGUGGUGAGGGAGAACCAGUUCAAGUACCCGGUGUUCAACGCCGGGCCGAGAAUGUGCGUGGGGAAGAAGUUUGCGUACGUUCAGAUGAAGAUGGUGGCGGCGGCGGUAAUGUUGAGGUAUGCGGUGGAGGUGGUGGAUGGGUGGAGCGUGGUGCCCAAGAUAACCACCACACUUUACAUGAAGCAUGGGUUGCAGGUGACCUUCAAACCUCGGUCGAGUACACUCCCUGGCCUUAGCUCAGCUAGCUAGCUAGCUUAUUAUGCAUGGUUUCCUCGUCCUUUUUUUUUUUUUUUUUAUCCCGUCUUUCUCAUUCUCUCAAGUGAUAUCACAUGGGGUAAUUGUUUAAUUACGGAUAUAAUUGAGCAAUAACUUGCUUAUUGUAAAAUAGAAAUAAGAAUGUGAUAGGAAGUCAGAGAAGCCAAGGAGGAACUUGUGCUCUCACAUGUCCUAUGUCUAAAUUUUAAAUGUUAAAUGUAUGAUAAAUAAAUUUUAUUUUUAUUAACAUUAGA